UUGAUCUUGAACUCCUGAGCUUAAGCAGCCCUCACACCCCAACCUCCCAAAGUGCUGGGAUUACAGGCACGAGACACCACGCCCGGACCGUAGAUACAUUUCAAUCCAAUAUAUGGCCUUUGUGUUAAGUCAUGGCAAUACAAAGGAAAAACACGUUCAAGUUUUUAUUCACAAAAUACAGGGGAUACAUGAAAUUCCUCACUAAACGAUCAUUGUGCCAAAAUCAAAAUUUCAGUGAGAAGACUAUUAGGAUACCCUUGGAAAUGCCGAGGCUGAGAGAUCCUGACAUAAAUCCUUGCAUGUUGGAAUCUGAUGCUUCCAUCAGAUGUCUGGAUGCAAAUAACUAUGACAAGGACAAGUGUUCUACUUACUUUCUGAAGUACAAAAGCUGCCGGAAAUUCUGGCAUUCUAUCAUGAUCCAGAGAAGACACAACGGAGUGAAGCCAUUUAUGCCUACGGCAGCAGAAAGAGAUGAAAUCUUGGGAGAAAUGGGAAAGAUGCCUUACUGAAUGUUUGCAUUAAACUUGUUUAUAGAACUUAGAAGCAGAUGAAUACUUUUAAUAAAUGGUUGCUAUAAUAUUUAA